AUGUCAUAUUUUACAUCUGUCAUUUAUAAAAAUAUUAAAUUAUAAUAAGUGCAAAAUAGAAAUAUAAUCAAAUAACUUUUCCAUAAUAAUGAAGUAUAUGAAAUGUCCAAAUAUUCAAUCUAUAUCAUCACUUAAAACCAAUAUUGUUUAGGAAUGAGUGGAACAAGUGUUCUAGAAUCAUUCUUUUGUGGAGGCUUUGGAGGAAUCUGCGCAGUUCUUGUAGCCCACCCUUUGGAUACAGUUAAAGUACGAUUGCAGACGAUGCCAGUCCUCAAACCUGGCAUGCCCCCUCUCUAUUUAGGACCUUGGCACUGCAUUAAAAAGUCUACCAAAGACGAAGGUUUCUUUUUUGUGUAUAAAGGAAUGAGUGCUCCCCUAAUAGCUGUAACUCCACUUACUGCCAUCUGCUUUAUGAGCUUUGAAAUCGGAAAAAAGAUAUUUGGACCUUCAGAUGGUAGCUCACUGAAUAAUUAUCAGAUAUUUGCUUCUGGAAUGUUUUCUGGAUUGUGUACUGCUCCUUUGAUUGCUCCAGGUGAUAGAGUUAAGUGCCUUCUACAAGUUCAAAAAUCGUUUUCAGGGCCUUUAGAUUGCGUAGUUCAGCUUUACAGAAAAGGAGGAGUUUCAAACAUAUUUAGAGGACUAGGAGCGACAUUGAUAAGGGAUGCUCCUUCAACUGGAGUGUAUUUUCUUACUUACGAUCUGAUAAGACGUCAAAUAAACAAAGAAAGUCCAGAAUUAGAUAUAAUCGGCACUAUGUGUGCUGGUGGCUUCGCUGCUAUUUUUUGCUGGUUGUUAGCUAUGCCAAUUGAUGUGGUAAAGAGUAAAAUACAAAUAUCCUUAGAAGAAAAACAUAAACAAGGUGUUGCAGAAGUUUUAAAAGAAAUUUUGAAAACCGAAGGAGCUUUUGGGUUCUUUAGAGGUGGUACACUUAUUUUAACUAGGGCGUUUUUGGGUGGAUCUAUUUGUUUUUUAAGUUUUGAAUUUUGCAAAGACUGCUUAAAUAGUUAUAAAAAAAGACAAAACGAUAAAAAAUCAGAAGUGUUUGAACACUGAACUUUACUUUAGAUAUUCAUAUAAUUUUGUUCAAAUAAAAUUAAGAAGGGGUUUCAA